AUGCACUCGCCAUCACCCCAACUGCUCCGCGCUUUGCGUACAUCCAUCUCGGCUCCUAAUGUUACCAACCGACUAUGCGCGAACACCCGCUCAGUAUCUCCCAUCUCUCGAAUCACUCCUCACGUACAAACAUACCGCAACAAUAGCAGCCAUGCCCGGCCCGUACGGAUGGUACCUCGCGCGCACACCGCGAAGCCAGCGAGCCGCGAUCGGGGUCCGCAGUCAACAGAGGAUACGCAAACGGACUUUGCUGCGCUGAACGUGCUCGGAAACAUCCCAGCACCUACUACCGCUAUUGAUGCCUGUCUGGACAAUGGAUUUCAUUUGGAUAAUGGCCUCAAGCUCACAAACGGCGAUGGUCUGUUGCUUGUUGGAGGCGAAGCUUUCUCAUGGAGGCCGUGGACAGCGAUGGGUGGAGAAAAGAAUGCUAUGGUGAACAAGAAGGGCCAAUUUGAGGUUGACGAACAAGCCUGGGGACUUUUGGGACUCGUAUGGCCUCGUCCGGACCUCUUGAUUAUUGGGAUGGGCGCUUCUGUGUUUCCUCUUUCCCCUGAAACAAGGAGACAAAUCAAUUCCUUGGGUGUUCGUGUUGAGGUUCUGGAUACUAGGAAUGCCGCAGCGCAGUUUAAUCUGCUUGCGACUGAAAGAGGAGUGUCUGAGAUCGCGGCGGCUAUGAUUCCGAUUGGGUGGAAGGGACGGUAG